AUGCAAUUCUCCAAGAUCUCCGGCGCAACUGCCGCUCUCCUUAUCUCCAUGAUCUCUGCUUCCCCCAUCGCUCUCACUUCCGAUGUCGUUCAGCACAGUGGAUCCCACGUUAAACCUACCGGCUCCGUCGAACACUCCUUCAAGACCCACCCUACCGGUUCCUUCACUGCUAAGGAGCCCAUCCCCACCGGCACAGAAGAGGAGGAGCCUAGAUUCACCAUCCACCCAUCUGGUGGUAAGAACGAAGUCCACCACUUCCGACCAUCUGGUGUUGAGUCUCAUGAUGGUUCCAAGCCAACUGGCCUUGCAUCCAAAGCCCACGAAAGCAGCCACGCUAAACCAACUGGUCAUUUCUCUAAAAGGGCUCUUGAAACCGAUAUUGUUGAAGGUGCUACUGCGAGCAAAUCUCGUAAGGCAAAGCCCACUGGUAGUGGAAAGAAAGAACAUGCCGACCCCUCUGCGACCUCUGUCUUCAAGAACGAGAAACCACAUGAAAGUAGUCAGGCCAAAGUAUCUGGAAAGGGCAGAAAGGAACAUAAGAGCGAAGGUGCCAAACCCACUGGAGCUAAAGAGCAUAAGCCACAUGAAAGCGGACAUGCUAAGGCAUCUGGAAAGAACGGAAAGGAUCAUGAGUCCACUCAUGCUAAGCCCACUGGAACCAAAGAGGCCUCUGCUCACGAAUCCGGCAAUGCCAAACCUUCUGGUGCCAAGGAACACUCCCAGGUUCACGAAUCGAGCUAUGCUAGGCCUACUGAACAUAAAGAGCCAGCUCGUGCUGUUGAGAGCGGACACGUUAAACCAACUGGUACUCACGAGAGUGGACAAACCAAGCCAACUGGCAAAGGCGGCAAAGAUCAUGAGAGUAGACUAGCAAAGCCAACUGGCAAGGGAGACGAGGAGCAUGAAUCUGGCCACUCCAAACCAACCGGUAAGGGAGGCAAAGAACAUCAAUCCAAACACGUCAAACCUACCGGCACCAAAGAACAUUCUCAAGCGCACCAAUCCGGUCAUGUCAAGCCUUCCAAUCACAAGGAAUCAGCUCGGGCUAUUGAGAGCGGCCAUGCUAAGCCCACUGGUGUUCAUGUGCAAAAGCCUGAAUUCACGGGUAAGAUUGAAAUUGAUAGCAAGACUUUUGAAUUUAAGACUGAAACGAUGACGUUUGGAAGUAAGACGUUUAUCGUUACAGGGGUUUUGCCUGAGGAGACUGGAAAGGUUAAUAUCCUUUAG